AUGACCGACAGGCUUACGCAGUUGCAGAUCUGUCUCGAUCAGCUGUCGGACAUGUUUUUUGCUUCGCUAUCGUAUGUUGACCAGAACCAUGUUGCCGUGCGAUUGACUGAGGGAGACGAGAUGUUGCCGGACCCAGAUCACAAUCCCCCGUCGGAAACAGAAUUCAAGGCCAAUCUGACAGAAUUGACGUCGGAUAUAAUAUUAAAGACAAAGCAGAUUCUCACUAUAAUAGACACUCUUCCUGGGGUGGGUGUGAGUAAGGACGAGCAAUUGAAAAGAAUAGAAAAUCUGUCUCAGGAGCUGGCCGAAAUAGAGAGAUUAAAAACACAGACAUUGCAGAGAAAAGAGAAACUCGGAAGCAUAGUGGACGACCUGAUAGUACAGGCGAGCGAGGGAAUAGCGCAGACUAGAGACUGA